UGACUUCUGGUUCAUUUCAUUGAGCUCUCUACCCCACAUCUACAGUCCAUUUUGUACUGCUUCUUCUUCUUCUCCUCCACCAUUCACUUCCACUCCUAAAUGGACUUGUGAAGUUUUCUUGAGCAAGAAAUGAGAAACAUUGCCUCUUCUUCUUUAUCUUGUUCUUCUUCUUCCACUCCUAAAUGGACUUAUGAUGUUUUCUUGAGCUUUAGGGGUGAGGAUGUUCGGAAGAACUUUGUCGACUUCCUCUAUAGUUCUCUGCAACAAAAGGGAAUUUACACCUUCAAAGACGAUGAAAAGCUCGAAAGAGGAAGAUCCAUUUCAUCGGCAUUACUCCAAGCUAUUAAAGAGUCAAGAAUUGCAGUUAUCAUAUUCUCAGAAAACUAUGCUGCUUCUUCAUGGUGUUUGGAUGAGCUUGCAGAGAUCAUUUACGGCAACCAAGCGUUGGGACAAACUAUUCUGCCGGUUUUUUAUUAUGUGGAUCCAUCUGUGGUCCGGAAACAGAAAGGCAGCUUUGGUCAAGCUUUUGUCAAACAUGAAGAUGAAAUAGAGGACAAGGAAAGGAUUCGAAGGUGGAGGGCAGCUCUUGCUGAAGCUGCUUCUAUCUCUGGCUGGGAUGUUCCCAGCACUGCUGAUGGGCACGAGUCUAAAUGCAUCCAGCAAAUUGUUGAAGAUGUCAUGGGUAAAUUGAAAAAUUUUGUAGAAGAUGAUGAAGAAAACCACGUUGGUAUUCAUUCUCGAGUGCAGAAAAUAAAUGCAUUUCUAAAUUUGGUGGCUGAUGAGGUUCGCUCUGUAGGUAUUUGGGGAAUGAGUGGAAUAGGUAAGACGACGUUAGCAAGGGCUGUUUUUGACAGAAUUUCCACUCAUUUUGAAGGUGCUAUCUUUCUUCAUGAAGUCAGAGAACAUUCUAAAAGAUAUGGUCUGGAAAAUUUGCAAGAGAAGAUUCUUUCUGAAAUUCUGCGCAUAAAAGAAUUGAGGAUCAACAAUGUUUUUGAAGGAUCAAAUAUGAUAAAGAAAAGACUAUGCUACAAAAAAGUCCUCAUUGUUCUUGAUGAUAUUGACCAUCUCGAUCAGUUAGAAGCUUUAGCUGGAAAGCAUGAUUGGUUCGGUAAAGGUAGCAGAAUUAUCAUAACAACGAAAGAUAAGCAUUUGCUUGUUAAACAUGACAUAGACAGAAUGUACAAGGUGGAAGUGUUGGAUAAGUAUGAAGCUGUGCAGCUGUUUAGUUGGAAUGCUUUUAAGAAGAACUGUCCAGCAAAAGACUAUGAGGAGCUUUCAUUACAAAUAGUGCAUUAUGCUGGUGGCCUUCCCUUGGCUCUAAAGAUUUUGGGUAGCUUUCUGUAUGGCAGAGACAUGACUGAAUGGAGAAGUGAAGUGGAGAGACUAAAAAAAAUUCCAGAAGAUGAUAUUAUGAAAAAACUCACGGUAAGUUUCGAUGGCCUUAAAAGAAUUGAAAAAGAAAUUUUCUUAGACAUUGCAUGUUUCUUUAAAGGGAAGAAGAAAGAAAACAUAGCAAGAGUACUGGAUAGUUUCAAUUUCUACCCUCAUAUAGGCAUCAAGGUUCUCAUUGAGAAAUCUCUGAUAACUGUUUCCAAAGGAAGGAUUCUGAUGCAUCCUUUAAUACAAGAAAUGGGUUGGCAAAUUGUUCGUGAAAAGGCUCCAGAAGAGCCAGGUAAACACAGCAGGCUAUGGGUUGAUGAGGAUAAUUGUGACGUUUUGGCUAGAGACAGGGUUACAGAAAAUGUUGAAGGCUUGUGGUUGCACUUGUCUACGCCGAAGUAUGUAGCAAUUAAAAAUGAAGCCUUUGAAAAAAUGAUUAAACUAAGGUUACUCAAAAUCCACAAUGCUUAUGUUUCUCGAGGCCCUAAUCACUUGCCGAAUGAGAUAAGGUGGCUAAACUGGCAUGGUUACCCUUCAAAAUCCCUUCCAGAUAGUUUUCAAGCUGAAAAACUUGUAGGAAUCAAGUUACAAAAUAGCCGAAUGAUUGAGCUGUGGAAGGGAAUAAAGUUUCUGAACAAACUGAAAUUCAUCAACCUUAGCCAUUCCCAGAAGUUAAUAAGGACUCCAGAUUUCGCAGGGAUCCCCUCUCUUGAGAGAUUGGUUCUUGAAAAUUGUUCAAGUCUAAUUGAGAUCCACUCUUCAGCAGGAUAUCUCAAAAGUCUUAAAUUACUCAAUCUGCGGAACUGCACAAGUCUAAGGAGGCUUCCUAAGCAAAUUCUCUUGGAAAGUCUGGAGGUAAUUAUUCUUUCUGGCUGUUCAAAAGUUGAUGAGUUCCCAGAAAUCUUGGGUCCCAUGAAUCAUUUAAGAGCUGUAUAUUGGGAAGCUACUGCAGUAAAAGAACUACCACCUUCAAUUGAAAACCUAACAGCUCUUGUUGUAUUGAAUCUAAGCUACUGUAAAAGUCUUGCAUGUUUGCCAAGUAGUAUCUCUAAACUAAAAUGCCUUAAGGCACUUGUUCUUUCUGGCUGCUCAAAGCUUGGCAGAUUACCGGAAGAGCUGGGGUACAUAGAGAGCUUGGAAGAAAUUUAUGGUGAUGAAACUGCCAUCUCACAGCCACCAUCCUCUAUCAUAUUGCUAAAGAACCUCAGAACUUUAUCUUUCAGAGGAUGUCAAGCAAUGGCUCUUUCAUGGAGAGCACGGUUAUCUUCUUUGGUGCUACAUGCAAGAGGUCAAGAUUCAAGGGGUUUUGUUUUUCCAUCUGUGUCAGGAUUAAAUUCAUUAGCAAUUCUAGAUCUUAGUGACUGCAGUAUGUUAGAUGAAGGAUUGCCUUGUGAUCUGGGGAGCUUAUCCUCUCUACAGGAGUUAAAUCUUGGUAGAAACAACUUCUCCAGUAUCUCCGCUUCAAGUAUCAGAAACCUCAGCCGCCUUAGAAUCCUCGAAUUGAUUGGAUGCAAGAGACUUCAGAUACUUCCAGAGCUUCCACGGAGUAUAGAGCAAGUGUACGCAGAUGAUUGUACAAUAUUGCAGGGUGAAACUAAUCUGUUGACAAAAUCUCAAAAAUUAAACACGGUUUCAUUCACCAAUUGUUCUCAAAUGCUUCAGGGUCUUCAAACUUCCAAAAUGGUAUAUGCAACAUGGAAGAACAUGCUAAAGGAAUUACCAGUCCUACAUACUGAGUUCAGUAUCUGCAGUCCUGGACAAAAUAUUCCAGCCUGGUUCACCUACCAGGAUACAGGGCAUUCGAUUUCAGUUCAGCUUCCUCCAAAUUGGUACUGCAACGAGUUCAUGGGGAUGGCAAUUUGUAUUGUUUUUGGCUUGAAAACGCCCGUUAUGGUAGUUAGAAGUGUUAACCGAGAGAAUACUGCAGUCAUUCCUGUCCAAUAUAGGUACAAGGGCCGAGAUAAGUUGUCCCCCCCGGCAGUGAUUUCUGUAGGCGCUAUUGCAAUUGAAACAAAUGUUGAUUCAGAACAUACUUGUCUUGCAUACCUACCUUGUAGGAAGCUUAGCCAGAUCCCGCAAAAUUGGAGGUCUAAUGAUUGGACCUGCAUUGAGCUAUCCUCGUAUACUCCACGAUUCAUGGAAUUCAAAGCAUGGGGUGUCCGACUAGUGUACCAGAAAGAUGUUGGAGAAAUUGAUAAUGUCCACCGGGAUUUUCAACUGAUUGAAUGACAUUAGCUAAACAAGUUGCAAUUGACAGAGGAAAUCCCAACUUGAUAGCUUCCAAGUUUUGAUUGACUGGAAUUUAAUUUACGACUGAGUAGUGCUUUAGGAAUUCAGGUAUCUUGAGACGGGAGUGGUGGGCAGACAUAACAGGGGCUCUUUCACAGCGUCUCGCGCGUGGAGUGGAGAGUUCGCUUGAGGACGUCGUUCACUUUAGGUCGUCUUUGUUGACGACAUCGAGACUUUAGGUUGGAAGUCUCAAGUAUUGCACGGGUCAAGAGACGUAACAAUAAUAUGGUAACACAUGCGAUUAAGCCUAUAUAAUUAGAAUUGAAUUAGAAUUGGAAUUCUAUAGAAUUAGAAUUCUAUGAAUUGGAAUUCCAAGUCAUUCCAAU